AUGGAUUUCGUUCGUAAGGCUGAAGGAGCCUUGACUGGCAAGAACAAGGAGUCCAAGGAGUCGACCCAGUCCUCCAACCAUGGCCCUCACUCGUCUAACCUGGCCAACAAGCUUGAUCCCCGUGUUGACAGUGACCGCGACAACCGCGCUGCCCACACUGGUGUCCACCACACCGGUGCUACUGGCACUACUGGCACUAGCACCACUGGCCACAAGUCCAGUAUUGCCAACAAGCUAGACCCCCGUGUUGACGCUGAUGCUGCCAACCGUGCCAAUGCCACGUCCACUGGAACCACUGGCACUACUGCUACUCACGGUACUCAUGGCACUACCGGUACUACUGGCCUGACUGGUACUGGUACCCACGGCACCCACGGCAGCACCAACGCUGGCCCCCACGACUCCAAGAUCGCCAACAAGGUCGACCCCCGCGUCGACUCUGACCGUGACAACCGUGCUAAGCAUGACACCUUUGGCACCACCACUGGUACUACCGGUACUUCUGGCUUGACUGGUACUCAUGGUACUAGCACCACUCAUGGCACCUCUGGCCUGACUGGCACCCAUGGCAACACCAACGCUGGCCCCCACGACUCCAAUAUCGCCAACAAGGUUGACCCCCGCGUCGACUCUGACCGUGAUAACCGUGCUAAGCACGAUACCUUUGGCACCACUGGUGCUACUCACGGUACCACUGGCCUGACUGGCACCCACGGCACCACUGGAACUACCGGAACUACUGGUACCGCUGGCCUGGCUGGUACCCACGCCGCCACUGGCACCGCCCACACUGGCAGCACCAACGUCGGCCCUCACGACUCCAAGGUCGCCAACAAGCUCGAUCCCCGUGUUGAUUCUGACCGUGACAACCGUGCUAAGCAUGAUGCCUUCGGCACUACUGGUACUACUGGUUCCUCUGGUCUGACUGGUACUCACGGCACGGGCACUACUCACGGCACCACUGGCCUGACCGGCACUGGUACCCACGGUACUUACGGCAGCACCAAUGCUGGUCCUCACGACUCGAAGAUCGCCAACAAGGUCGACCCCCGCGUCGACUCUGACCUCGACAACCGUGCCCAGCACCACUCCCACACCACCGGCACCGGCACUGGCAUUGGAAGCACCACCCACGGCACUCACGGCCUCGGCUCGGCUGCUUUCGAUCCUCAAAUUCACGGCGAUACUACUACUGCCACGGGAACUGGUACUGGCUCUGGCAUAACUGGCUCUGGUCUUGGUUCUCGUGCUCAGGGUGCGCCUGCUGGUAGUUCUUACACCAACCCUACCACUACCACCACUGGUGGUCUUGGUUCUACUGGUACUGCUGGUCCUCACGAUUCCAAGAUCGCGAACAAGCUCGAUCCUCGUGUUGACUCUGAUGCCAAGCGUGUUGAGCAGGAUGGUUUGCAGCGCCAGUUCUAG